UCAUCGUUUCGUCAAUGACCUACGAUUGAAAUAGGGUAUCCUCGUGUUUUGUUACGUGUGGCAGACACAUUGGUAUCGACAUUUGUCAUUCUACGGUGAAUCGUGAGUGAGGGACAUUGUCGAGAGAGUGAAAAUUUUCACAGAUAAUGAUAUUAACGAGAAGCUGAAGCGAUCGCCUCGCCUCGAUGAGAACGGAGGAAUGAAAAUACACACUAAAGAUAUCCUAACUGCAACAAGAGCGAGGGUGCCAAGGACUGUAGUGAGAACGAAAAGUUACAGAAAUCUAGUGGGUCAGUGGUUCUUGGGACCGUGCGGUGCCAACGAGUACCACAACGAGAGCAUUGUCGAGGAAGACGAGACAAUCGAUAUGGUUGAAGCUGGACCAUCCCACGAACUCGACGAUUCUCCAGCAAGACUCGGCCAUUCCGAAAACCACGAAAUAAAUGGUCAAAACUGGCGUCCAGAAGAAGAGGAGGAUAGCAGCGACAAAGAGGACGAUGAAGAAGUUGAAGAAGCAGAUUUGAGACCAGCUGUUUCGAUUCCCGAUAAUCUUAAUGUCUCAAAUUCAAUGAUAGAUCCACCAGAAAUUAAGGUAACAGUUGACGAGAGCCUCCACCAAAUGGCCCAAGAAUACCGUGAGAACUUUCACGGUUUUGCCCAAAUAAAUCGGUUCGAAUCAAUCGAGGAAAUGCACGAUUUCAUAAAACAAACUCUAGACGCUUCACCACCACCUUCAACCGGCCCCUCCAACAAACAAGAGCGUUACCUUGACCUUCUCCUCACCGAAAAACCCGAGAAUCGUUUUCGACGUCUAUACGAAACAGUUCGUGUAACAGUUCGCCGAGUAUUGGCUCGAAAUGAGGAUAUCCUGAACGAUCUCUUUGUCUCGGCCAGUCUGGAGAACUUUCCGAGUCCUCUGGCCCCCAUCGACGAAUAUGACACGUCUCUCGACGAAAAUUUGGAUGAAGACACUUCAAUGGAGAACCCAAGGGACUUAGAAGUUGAGGAGAACAUGAAGAGAUGGUACAUGAUCGAGAUGGUUGGCCUGUGGCUGAGAAUGAUAACAGAUAUUAAGAGUUAUCGUGAAGCUAUCAAGAGGGAAGUAUUGAUAAAGAGCUGGGGGAUUGAGAAUGAUCGAUACGACGGCAUCGUUGUACCCUUGAGGUACAAAUAAAUCAGGCAGUGAUCCAAGAGGAUGUCGUGUCGAUUCAAUCGUAACUUUUGCACGAACCAAUCCAACACUAACUAGGAAACAAAUGGGUUUUUGUAUAAUUUUUCUUUCGUUGUUCCCUAUUACAGAUAGAAAGAGGAGAAUUCGAUAACGAUAAUAUAUAUCUAAUAUUUUGUUCUUAAAUGUUUUCGCUGCAGAAUUGGACUCGAUGGAAAAAUGUCAGGCAAUGCUCUAAACCUUAGUCGAGCAAAAUGGUUUCAUGAUAGCAGCUCUAUGAUACUGCCCACAAUUAUGUUUAAAUAUUUUAUAAAUCAUUUGUCCAAUGAAAAUUAAAAAAAAAACAUUAUUUUUGGUGGAUAUUAUGGUGGUCAAUAAAGUUCUUUCAGUAUUCACUGA